AUGCCGUUGGUGAAGCGGAAUAUCGAGCCCCGCCAUCUUUGCCGGGGGGCCCUUCCCGAUGGGGUGACCAGUGAGUUGGAGUGUGUGACCAACAGCACUUUGGCUGCCAUCAUUAAACAGCUGGGAAGCCUCAGCCGACAUGCUGAAGAUAUUUUUGGAGAACUGUUCAACGAAGCCAAUAGUUUCUAUAUGCGGAUGAACUCCUUGCAGGAACGGGUGGAUCUUCUGGUGAUCAAGGUUACUCAGCUGGACUCCACAGUGGAAGAAGUCUCCCUGCAGGAUAUCAACAUGCGGAAAGCGUUCAAGAGUUCUACCAUUCAGAACCAGCAGGUUGUGUCGCGCAAUUCUAUCCCCAAUCCUGUGAUGGAGAUGUACCAGCGUUGCGAUAAGCCUCCGCCCCUGAAUAUCCUCACUCCGUACAGAGAUGAUAAGAAAGAUGGCUUAAAAUUCUACACUGACCCAUCGUAUUUCUUUAACCUGUGGAAAGAGAAGAUGUUGCAAGCCACAGAGGACAAGAGGAAAGAGAAGCGCAGGCAGAAGGAGCAGCGACUUGUUGAGGAUUCCACUCGGGAGGUGAAGAAAGUGCGGAAGGCGCGCAACCGGCGGCUGGAGUGGAACAUGAUGGCUUAUGAUAAGGAAUUCCGACCGGAUAACAGGUUCUCACCAUCCCCAUAUCACAUGGCUUCAUCGGAAGGAUCACUAUCCCCAGAUAAUAGAUCUUAUGCAUCCGAUGUAGCUGAUCAUUCCUACCCAGCCAGUCCUAACCAUCCUGGUCAGCAGUUAAUGGCUCCAGCCUCACAUCUGGCCACCGAGAACAAAGAGGUGGUGCUGGUGGCCAGUCAGGUCCAAGAGCACAUCUUCAGGCCCUCAGCAGUGGGAAGCAGGCAGAACAGCCUCAACCGGGUACAGCAACCCCAUGUGCCACAGCCACCUGAAACCAUGUUAAAUGGACCGAGGCCUCAGAUAAUCAAGGAUUAUGGCCCCCAGCCUGUGCCGUUGGCUGACUACUUUGUGCCGCCUGCUCCGCCGCCCCCGCCCCCAGUCAUACCCUCUGCUCAAACGGCCUUUGAUAGCCCCAUCUCGGCCCCUCCGGCCAUGGCAGCCAAUGCCGCCAGUUCCGUCACCCAUGCCCCCUACGCCCCCACCCCACCACCAGCUCUGCCCUGCCCCUAUUCUGCCUCUCCCCCCCAGACUGGCCCCAUGGGGCCUCCUGCUGCACCUCCCCCCCCUCCCCCUGGACCCCCCACCAUUUCAGCCUCCCCGGCACACUCGGCCUCCCCGCCCACCAUGAUGGUGGAACCCCGGAAGCCGCCGGUCCCCCUGAUUCCAAUGACCGAUGCCAGGAGUGACCUGCUUGCCGCGAUCCGCAGGGGAAUUCAGCUGCGCAAGGUCCAAGAGCAGUGGGAGCAGGAAGCCAAGAAAGAGCCGGUGGGGAAUGACGUGGCCACGAUCCUCUCCCGCAGGAUCGCUGUGGAAUACAGCGAAUCAGAUGACGACUCCGAAUUGGAUGAGAACGAGUGGUCGGAUUGAGGAAGGGGCAUGAGGGCUGCCUUUGGAGCAGUAGAGGGGGGAGGUCUCCCAGGUUUUCCCUGCCACCUUUCUGC